UAGACCCUGACCAAAGAAAACGAGACAUUAAUAACAGUAUUACUUUAAUCACCCCGAGAGAAACCAACAUGACCCUCAAAUACCUCAUCGCGGGUGCGACAGGUGGCCUGGGACGAUAUGUCCUUGACUACUUCGUGGCCAAUAAACCGUUGCAGGAAUUUGCAGCUGCAUCGUCGAGAGAGUCAAAUCGAAAACAAUUCGAGGAUCGUGGCAUUGCUUUCCGACAGGUUAAUUAUGAUGAUCCUGCUACUUUAGAUACCGCGUUCCAGAAUGUCGAGAAUGUACUUUUUGUUAGUACCAAUACGUUUGAUAAUGAGAAGCGCCGAAAGCAACAUCAGAAUUUUGUUGAUGCGGCGAAGAGGAAUGGGGUUAAGCAUGUGUGGUAUACUUCUCUUGCUUUUGGAGGAUUCAAGUCCGAUUCAAAAGCCGCCGUGCAGACGGCGCAUUUAGAAACUGAAGAGAUGCUUAGAAAAUCAGGAGUCACCUACACUUCCAUCCGAGAAGGCGUCUACACAGAAGCCUUCCCAAUCCUCCUUAACUGGUACCCCGAUUCAACCACCGUGCCUCUUCCAUCCGACGGCCCAAUGGCAUUGACCCUGCGGUCAGAGCUCGGUGAAGCGACAGCGCGAUUGAUGAUCGCAGGUGGCCAUGAGAAUGAGACCGUCUUGUUGACAGCCGAGGAGACUGUUCGGCCCUCGGAGAUCGUGGAUAUCAUCAAUAACACGACGGGUCGGCAGGUGAAGUUCGAGCGUGUAUCCCCCGAGGAGUAUAUCCAAAUCUACGGUGGAAAUGACAAGGGAGGGAAGCCCAAGGCUUUCUUCCAGCAGACUUUGACGUGGUACGAGGGGAUUGAGAAGGGCGAGUUGGCUACGACGCAUUCAUUGAUGAGGGAGCUUUUGGGUAGGGAGCCUACGAAGCCUCGUGAUGCCAUUCAAGGGUUAUUGUCGGAGGAUUCAAAUUAUACGUGGCAUCAGAACUAUGUAUGAAUGUAAUUAAUUUAAUGUGAUACGCUUUCCUUCCCUAUUCUUGUUUGAUAUUCAAGUAAAUACUAAUCGCAUUGUCCUGUGACAUUGCCAAUUAUGCAUCUUUGGGCGGUUUGUAUUUAGGCGAGAGAAACAGGGAUUUGAGGAUAGCAAUGAUAGAUUCUAGCAGAGCAUCUCAAGGAAAUCGAGACGGCUGUCUGUUAAUGACAGAGCAAAGAUUCCAAGUAUGGCGACAUGCAAGUGAUAACGAUCACUGUGUCGAUAGGCUUGCAAAUACGGUCUUGUGAGGAGGGCUAAACCAUCCAGCGUGGACUUUUCUUCACCUGGAAGCCUCGGUUUCAUGAUCAGGCACAAAUCAUUCGGAAUGUCCGAUAGAGCCAAAUGCCAGUAAAUAACAAUACUUUCC